AUGUCGUCGAUCGCAGUUGAAGCUUUCCCUGAACGCCCACCUUUAAAACAGACGACACCACGUAGAUGGUUCAACAAGAUUGAUGUUCGAAUUGAAGUUUUGAAAAGAAACUUGUUGAAAGUUUCGAAUUAUAUUCCAGUAAGUUUAGUUAUUUAAACUAUAAUAAGUAGCCACAGUAAAAUUCAGCUAAGUAGGCUCUGUUUACAACAAAAUUUCCGUUAUAACAAAUUUUUAUGAAUCUCCUAAAAAAACUUGCCCCGCUCAGAACAAGCUCAAAAUUUUUAAAUGGAUUUCUUGUCGUACCAAUAGGACAUACAUGUAUAAAAAAUUUUAACUUGCGCUUUUGAGUUUUAAAUUUCAAUUAUUUUGGUUUACCGCCAAUUUGGAAAAUUUGACAUUGUGUUUCAAGCACUUUUUUUAAACUUUUCAGACAAGCUACGCUUAAAAAUUAAAAAAUUUAAGUUCAUUUAAAGGUAUUCUAUUAGUAAAUCAAAGAAAAAUAGUUAAAAGUCAAAAAAUGACAAAGGUAUAAGCUUGAAACAUAAUGCCAAUUUAGCUGGAAUUUCAAAACGUAAUUUUUUGAUUUCGAUUUUCUCGAGAUUGGCUGGAAAACGCAAUUCACUACUUUGCUGAAGAUGUUAUAUCUACAUGAUCUUUCUAUAUAAAUAAAAAGUUAUCUAUCAGAGCGGGGCAAGUUGGGUACUUUCUUUGUAAGUAUUAAAAAUCGAUAUGAUUUUUUAGGGCUUAUUUAACAAAAAAGACCCCAAAGCCCAAAAACGGGCGGCUGCAUACAGCUGUAAAGAAGAACCAGCCAAAAAGAUUCGGUGCCUAGAGCCUGAUAACGACGAUACUUUUAUGGACUACGAGGAUUCGUUCUAA